GGCCUGAAAAGCUUGCGGAGAAGUGUCCGGUAUUCAAUUCGCCUCCUGCAAUGGGUCGUAGUAAAUUGUGCAUUCUACCGCUCAUCUUCAGCUUGUUGUCGGGAAGCAGCACAGCAUCCGACGAAUAUCAUGGCGGCACGAACAGUUCGUUACAGAUGAGAAUAGAACCUCAGGCACUCACAACCAGUCUUUCACAAGCAGCAGAGUUUCAACUUCUUGUACGUGGUUGCCCGGACGAAGAACAUAACCUCACAAUAACUUGGGAUGUGGAAGAAGUGCUCAAAAUUAGUCCUUCCUCGAUUGUAAUUCGAGGAUGUCGCGAUGCCAAUUUUAGCAUUCAAGUUUCAGCCUCCCAACAGGGAAGAUUUAUCGUCCGUCCCAUAAUCAUCUCCACUGGUCCACCCAUCGCAGACAAUGGCCGUCUGUUUGUGCAGCUAAAGGUAGCCAAAUAUCGUCCACUGAUAAUAGUAUCGAUGCUCAUUGGAUGGACGUACACCGUGUGCUGGACAAUCGGAGAUUACUUUCAAGCGUGGACCAGCUACAGGCGCAAGAGCGUUGUUGGAUUGAGCUUUGACUUCCUGUACCUGAACAUCGUGGGCAACUGCUGCUAUGCGACAUUCAACGUGGUCCUUUUUGCGAGCACAUUUAUUGAGGUAGGAUCAUCAAAAGUCGGCUGGUGGGAAUGUUUACUCUUCACAGCUUUCAUUUAGGCAGAAUACUUUAGACGCCAUCCGUUCGGUCUCAAUCCUGUGGUGGCGAACGAUGUGGGAUACGCAGUGCACGCGGUGUUUGGAAAUCUGGUCCUUAUUGCUCAGUGCUACAUCUACCACAGCGGUGGCAACAUGGUCUCAACCGCUGUGAAGUUACUCAUUUCCGGCUACGUAAUGAUGGUGGCCGUUUUCUGCAUCUUGACGAUAGAGCAGCAGAUGCAUUGGCUGGACUUCCUGUACAUGCUAAGCUACGUGAAGCUAUCUACAAACUUGAUCAAAUACAUCCCCCAAGUGUUCAUGAACUAUCAACGGAAAAGCACGGAAGGCUUCGCUAUCUCCAACCGCUUGCUGGAUAUGGCCGGUGGUCUGCUGAGCCUGACGCAGAUGGUACUUAAUAGUUGGAAUUACGAUGACUGGCAGUCGAUUGUUGGAAGUCCGGUCAAGUUUGGUUUGGGAUUCGUUUCCAUCUUCUUUGAUGUGAUAUUCAUGACGCAGCACUAUGUGUGUUACAACAAACGAAAGGAGGAGCUCAAAUAAGUCUACUAAAGAAGGCAUGUAGCUUCCAAAAAAGACCAGCAAGUUUCAUUCUAGCCAUGUAGCCAUGUAGCUACCUUAUCGUAUUGGACUUGUUUUAUCGCAUAAUACAUAUUUGCCCAGACUGCGCGACGGUGAUGCUCACUGUCACUAAUCUCAUCUGACGCGAUUUAUUCGUAACAAAAGAUCUGCUUAUCGGCCUUCAUCUGAGAGUAGUGGACUGAAUCACACUGGCGGUCAGUGAUAAACUGACACUCCGGCCAGCUAGGUAGUUUCACAGGUUGCAUUCAUGGGCGUCCUGUGGUGGUUGGUUUUGGGUUGGGUGGGCGUUGGGACAGCUGCACAUAAUUUGUCCUUAUCUUUCGUGCCGCAAUCGGUGGUGGUAACGUUCGGCGAAACUGCAAGCUUUGACAUCGAAGCCAAUGGAUAUGUAUCUUCGUCCUUUGAUUUGCAACUGUACUGGCCACAGGAUGAAGCGAUGCAGAUAGCGUCCAAUCAAACCAUCCCACUGACAAUGGGUUGGAACAAUCGCACUGUCUCGCUGUUGAUAGAGCCGUUAAAACAAGGCCGCUUCAUCGUACAACCGCACAUCGAACCAACGGGAGCAGUGGAUGACUCCAGGCUGUUUCUACUGAUCAAAGUGGCUAUGUAUAAGCCGCUGAUGAUCAUAUCACUGAUGGUGGGAUGGGCUUACACUGCCUGCUGGUCGGCUGGAUACUAUCCCCAGAUAUGGCUGAACUAUCGCCGAAAAAGUGUGGUCGGAUUGAGUUUUGACUUCCUCUACAUAAACAUCGUCGGACACAUGAGCUACGUUCUGUUCAACGCCUUCCUGUACUGGAACAGCUUCGUGGAGGACGAAUAUUACAGAAGACAUCCGUUCGGGUUGAAUCCGGUGAUUGGGAAUGAUAUCGGAUUUGCUGUACAUGCAGUGUUCGGUACAGGGUUUACCAUAUUCCAGUGCCGCAUAUACGAAACGGGUGGCAACAGUGUGUCCAACCCGGCGAAGGGGAUCAUUGCCACCUACCUCCUGAUCAUCAUCACUACGAUGGCCUGUGCUGUGGUGGAUAAAAUACACUGGUUGGAUUUUCUAUAUGUUUUAAGCUACAUCAAGCUGUCCACGACAAUGAUCAAGUACUUCCCGCAAGCGUACAUGAAUUACCGGCGCAAGAGCACGGAAGGGUUCGAGAUCAUGAAUCGACUGCUGGACCUUGCCGGCGGCCUAUUUAGCAUUCUUCAGAUGGUAAUAAAUGCUUGGAACUUUGAUGAUUGGAGAUCUAUCGGUGGAGAUCCCGUCAAGUUUGGAUUGGGCAUUUUUUCGAUACUAUUCGAUCUUGUGUUCAUGUUUCAACAUUACAUCCUGUACAGGAAAAGAAACGACAAUGCUCCUGUGGAGUACCCGAUGCUGCCCAAAGCUCCUUGAUAGUUUAAUUCUGUGAGUAGGACUUGGAAAAAAAAUCUUCCUAGUAGUUAGUUUUGGUUACGGAUGUGUAUAGUAGCUAGUUCUCUGUCUAUAGGUAUAAUCAGGAAUCUUGACGGGAUCGUCCCUUAACCGUAGGGACUAUCGUAGCACUGACAUCUCCUAGGAGUAAUUGAUGAACUACACUGAAGGACACACAGAAUAUUAUUCGAUUUUUUUGUUUUUCAUGGUAUAUUUGACAAUACUUUACAAUACAUUGAUACAUCGCUGGCUUUUCUCAUGCAAUUUCAUUCCCCCCCUUCAGCUCUCUCGCUCUCUGUCCCUCUUCGGUCUCCCUCACUCGUACCCACUUCCCUUUGGCCCUUCGAUAAAUAUUUCCAAGGAUCUACAAUGCGGGUGGCCCUUUAUGCAUUCGCUUACGCUUAUAUACAUGUAGAACUAUAUGACACACCUAAACGGUAUAUUCUCUAUUCGAGCAUGAUGAUUGAUUAUGAAUAAUACAUGUAUUCGACAGCAGUCACUGCGCUCCAUCCAUCCCCGGGGGGCUCGUCUAAUGCUUUUGUGCGAACUUGUGUGUCUACUAUUAUUGUCAACAACAUAGCUCCUGCGUUCCAUCUCUUCUUGCUUAGCGCACUUAUCGGAGCUCGUGAGCCCGUGACGGUUGUUCUGCCGCUACUAGUUAUACUACUACUGCCAUUCGAUCUAGUGAUGCUGAUCCAUCCCAGAGUCAAUAGAAAUCAGGCCUAUGGAAGCUCCGUUGAAAUCAUUAUCAAGGUGUUUCUUUAAACGACAAAGUCUUUUCGCUAUAAUUUGAAUACGUUUCGGGCCAAUGUGUUAGCCUUGCCUUGCAAUUUUAAAUAUUUUAGCAAUGAUACAUAUAGGUUGGGAUUUUUUCAAAUUUGCUUUUACUAUAAUUUAUCAAGCACACAAGAAGAGCAUUUAAUACGCAAUAGAUUGCUCCUACAAGGAAUGAAGAUUCUUUAAAACAAAAGUUUAAGCCAAGCCAGCUCUAUUUUAUCGGCAGAACAUAUACUCCAACUUGAUUAACAUAGUGAUAUGUGCCUUUCGUUGACCGGAAUCGAAAGUAUGAAAUAAAUCUCGUUGUUGCGCUUCCUUGCCGAGCCAAUAAAAAAUGGAUAGGAAAAUGUUUGCAUUCUUUAAAACUUUUGAACACUAUUUCCAGUGUCUGGACCUGUUCUCUUUUUCUUUUUGUUGAAUUGUCUAACAAUAUACACAUUCAUGCACACCUAUAACACUGAUUGGCAUUAUCGAACAUGUUUGAGCUGCGUGUCUACCCGCAAGGAACUGUUUCGCUCGUCGAAUAAAACAAUUAUUGAUGUGGGAAUGUGUUUAAAAACUUCUUUUUUUCUUCACUUUAUGGCUUAAAUUACGUUGCUUUCAACAUAUCUCACUUAUGACGCACUGCUGCAAUCAAUUUAAAACUGACGUCAAACAAUUUCAUCAUAAUACAAUAAUUAAUUUAAACAAACAAAAAAUACACACACACACACAAACAAAUACAGUUUAACAGCCUUCACAGAAAGGGAUUAAAAAAACACACACACACACAACAAAAAGGAUGAUUCAAAUCCUCUCGCACUGUUCCUUCCUCUGCAGCACUAGCUCACGCCUGGAAUGUUGCGUUGCGUUUUUGUUUGGUCGGGUUUAAAAAAA